AGAAUCAUUUUGUAUCGACAAAUAUUGCUCCUCUUGCCUUUGCUUCUCUUCAAUGCUUCCAUAAUUCCAUUCCAUCUUCCGUACAAGCAUAGAAUCCGUCGGGAUCGGAAGUCCGACCGGAACCCUUACUCCGUACAGACCGAUAAAAACCUAUCGGUGAGCUUUUUGGCAUAAUUUUGUAUGCCGUGUUGACCUCUCUUUUUCCCUCCUCUAUUGCCCACCACCACAUCAUGUCCAGCGCCAGAAGUAUUUCCACCGCCCUCCGACGGGCUCGAGUCCCCAGACCCCGCUGUUAUUUACGGCCUCUUGCCCCCUGCGUCCCCUCGGUGGCGGCCGCGCGCACAUUCAGUGUCACCUCCGCUGCCCGUACCGAUGCGACCAAAGAGAUCAAAUACACCACCCACGCCUACCCCAACCUGAAGCGGGACCCCAAGUUCGCUGAGAUCGCCGAGGAUGAUGUGAAAUACUUCCAGGAGCUGCUGGGCGCCCAAUCCGCGGUGAUUGAUGGUGUGACGACCGAUGCAGCGGAUGACAUCGAACCCUUCAACAGCGACUGGAUGCGCAAGUACCGUGGCCACACGCGGUUGGUCCUGAAGCCCCAGACCAAGGAGGAGGUCAGCAAGGCGCUGAAAUACUGUAACGAGAAGAAGCUGGCUGUCGUCCCGCAGGGAGGUAACACCGGAUUGGUGGGUGGCUCUGUGCCGGUGUUCGAUGAGAUCGUUAUCAACACCUCGCGCAUGAACAAGAUCCGCUCUUUCGAUGAGGCAUCCGGUGUGCUGGUGGCGGAUGCUGGUGUUAUCCUCGAGGUGGCCGAUCAGCACCUGGCUCAGAAGGACCACUUGUUCCCGUUGGACUUGGGCGCGAAGGGCUCGUGCCAUAUUGGAGGAAAUGUUGCGACCAACGCUGGUGGUCUCCGUCUGCUCCGCUAUGGAAGUCUUCACGGAAAUGUGCUGGGUCUUGAGGCUGUUUUGGCGGAUGGAACUAUUGUCGACUCGCUCUCGACUCUGCGGAAGAACAACACCGGUUACGACCUUAAGCAGCUCUUCAUCGGCUCCGAAGGUACCAUUGGUAUUAUCACCGGUGUUUCCAUCUUGUGCCCUCCUCGUCCCAAGGCCGUCAAUGUAGCCUACUUUGGUCUGGAGAGCUACGACCAGGUUCGCCAGGCUUUCAAGGAGGCCAAGGGUCAGCUCUCUGAGAUCCUUUCUGCUUUCGAGCUGAUGGACGGUCGCAGUCAGAGACUGGUCCACGAGUCUACUGGUAACAAGUACCCCCUGGAGGGUGAAUACCCCUUCUACUGUGUGGUUGAGACCAGCGGCUCCAACGCCGAACACGACAUGGCCAAGUUGGAGGGCUUCUUGGAGCACAUCAUGAGCGAGGGCAUCGUCGCCGAUGGUGUUUUGGCUCAGGACGAAACCCAAUUCCACUCCAUCUGGCGCUGGCGUGAGGGUAUCACCGAGGCUCUGAGCCACUUGGGUGGUACCUACAAGUACGAUGUCUCCAUUCCCCUCCCCGAAUUGUACCAGCUGGUGGAUGACUGCCGUGAGCGUCUCACCCAGCUCGGAUUCGUCGGUGACGAUGACUCGUUCCCCGUCCGUGCUGUUGUCGGAUACGGCCACAUGGGUGACUCCAACCUGCACUUGAACGUGUCGGUGCGCCAAUACAACAAGGAGGUCGAGAAGGCCAUUGAGCCCUGGGUGUACGAAUGGAUCCAGAAGCGCAGCGGAAGUAUCAGUGCUGAGCAUGGUCUGGGUAUUGCCAAGAAGGAGUUUAUCGGCUACAGCCAAAAUGACACCAUGUUGAAGCUGAUGAAGCAGUUGAAGGACUUGUACGAUCCGAACGGAAUCUUGAACCCUUACAAGUAUAUUUAGAU